AGAGAGAGAGUAUGUAGUAUGGAAUAUGAUACUGUUAAUGCUCUAAAUUAGUUUUUUUCCUCCCAAACUAAAAGCUUAGUGUAACUUGAAAGUUUCUCUCUGGGUUCUGCCAAGCCCCCAUAGUCCCACAGCCCACUUAUAAAAUAAUCACUCAGAAGCUUAUAUUACUUAUAAACUGUAUGGCUGUGGCAGGCUUUUUGCUAUGUAGUUCUUAUAUCUUAAAUUAACCUAUUUCUAUUAAUUUAUAAGUUGCCACGUGGCUCAUGGCUUACCGCUACUUUACAUCUCGCUUCUCAUGGUGGUGGCUGGCAGCGUCUCCUGACUCAGCCUUCUACCUCCCAGAAUUCUCCUCUCUCCUUAUCCUGCCUACACUAUAUUUCCUGCCUGGCUACUGAUCAACCAGCAUCUUAUUUAUCAAUUAAUCAGAGCAACACAUUCACAGCAUCCCCAGCACUUCCCCUUUUCUUUUUUUCAAAAGCGAAGAUUUUAACUUUAACAUUGUAAAAUUACAUAUAACAGAACAAUUAUCAAGCAAAAAUUACAGUUACAAUAUCUAGUCUAUGUAUAAUAUCUAGUCUAUUUGUAUUUGGCAAAAAUUAAAGAAGAUAUUCUAUCUAUCCUAUAUUUGUAAGUCUAAGAUUUCAUAUCUAACUUAUCUUUUAUUAUGACUAAGGAAAUUACAACUAUGUAAUCUUCAACUACAUCAAAGACCUCAGAAGGAUAUAAUAUUACCUGAGAAAUGGGAGAAGGAUGCAAGAAACUUUUGGGAGUCUUGAGAGAGUAGACAGAGACAGCUGGCAGCCUCGACAGUUAUUCAAAGUUCCUCUGUAAAGUUGGGGCAUCUGUCUUCAGCCCACAGGCCUAGAGUCUCUCAGUCACUUCUCUUUGUGUCCUGUAGACUGUCUGGCAUUUUCCUCUGUGAAGCAGGAACCUGAAGGACCAUUUUGCCAAGCAAAGUUCAGUGGUCACCUUCCUAUGGGUCCUGCAUGUCCAGUUGAUCAAGCAGUCCAGGUUUUAGGUGAUAAACACGGCAAUGCUCUGUGGCUCAAUGAGAGGGAAUGCUCGAUCCAGAGAAGAAACCAGAAGGUGGUAGAGGAAGCACCAAGCAUUUUUCUGGAUCAUGAGACUCGCCGAGCAAUGGGAGAACAGGCUGUGGCUUUGGCUAAAGCUGUGCAGUAUUCCUCUGCUGGAACUGUGGAAUUUCUCGUGGACUCCCAGAAGAAUUUUUACUUCUUGGAAAUGAACACAAGACUCCAGGUUGAACAUCCUGUCACAGAAUGCAUUACUGGCCUGGACUUAGUCCAAGAAAUGAUCCGUGUUGCUAAGGGUUACCCUCUCAAGCACAAGCAAGCGGAUAUUCCCCUCAGUGGCUGGGCAAUUGAAUGUCGGGUUUAUGCUGAGGACCCCUAUAAGUCUUUCGGUUUACCGUCUGUUGGGAGACUGUCUCAGUACCAAGAGCCGAUACAUCUACCUGGUGUCCGAGUUGACAGUGGCAUCCAACCAGGAAGUGAUAUCAGCAUCUAUUAUGACCCUAUGAUAUCAAAACUAAUCACAUAUGGGUCUGAUAGAACAGAAGCACUGAAGAGGAUGGAAGACGCACUGGAUAAUUACGUGAUCCGAGGUGUUACACACAACAUCCCCUUGCUUCGUGAGGUGAUAAUCAAUGCACGCUUUGUGAAAGGGGACAUCAGCACCAAAUUUCUCUCUGAUGUGUAUCCUGAUGGCUUCAAAGGACACACGUUAACACAGAGUGAGAGAAACCAGUUAUUGGCCAUAGCAUCAUCGUUGUUUGUGGCAUCCCAGUUACGAGCACAGCACUUUCAAGAGCACUCAAGAGUGCCAGUUGUUAGAACAGAUGCGGCUAAGUGGGAGCUCUCCAUCAAGUUACAUGAUGAAGAUCACACUGUCGUGGCGUCAAACAGUGGGUCAACUUUUGCUGUGGAAGUUGAUGGGUCGAAACUAAAUGUGACCAGUACGUGGAACCUGGCAUCACCCUUACUGUCUGUCAACGUUGAUGGCACGCAGAGGACUGUGCAGUGUAUUUCUCGAGAAGCGGGUGGAAACAUGAGCAUUCAGUUUCUUGGCACAGUGUACAAAGUGCACAUUUUAACCAAACUUGCAGCAGAACUGAACAAAUUCAUGCUUGAAAAAGUAACCGAGGACACAAGCAGCAUUCUGCGCUCCCCGAUGCCUGGAGUGGUGGUGGCCGUUUCUGUCAAGCCUGGAGGCAUGGUAGCAGAAGGUCAGGAAAUCUGUGUGAUUGAAGCUAUGAAAAUGCAGAACAGUAUGACAGCUGGGAAAAUGGGCAAGGUGAAGUCGGUGCAUUGCAAAGCUGGAGACACAGUUGGCGAAGGAGAUCUGCUCGUGGAGCUGGAAUGAAGUAUUUCGAGCCUUUCAGUCAUCAGUGCUUUAAUUAGCAUUUCUAUUAUUCUCUAACCCUCAAUUUGUUCAAGCAUUUACAGGAGCACUCCUGUGCAGCAGGUUCUACAGCAUCAUAUUUAUUCCUUAGAAGAGGCAAAACUGACAUUCUGCCAAAAAAAUCACCAAUGGAAAUUUUUAUUGAUAUAAAUACUUGUACAUAUGAUUUGUACUUCUGCUGAGAUUUCCUAGUGUCAAAAUUAAAUCAAUAAAACCAAGCACUUGUCUAAA